CCUAAAAUUAAAACGACACCACCGUCAUCACCCUCCACUACGCCACCUCCCACCUCCACUCCCUGUCCACCACCACCCACUACUCCACCCCCACCCACUACUCCACCCCCACCUAAAUGUACGGCCUCAUUUUCGGCGGAGAAGCAAGGAGCAUCUCCUUUCCAAGUCAUUGGAACCAUGACUCAACUGAGAUAUCUCAAUCUCUCUUAUUCUGGGUUUGAUGGGGAAAUUACUCCUCAAAUUGGUAAUCUUACCAACCUUCAAGUCCUUGAUCUCUCUUUUAAUAAAUUACAAGGGAAUAUUCCUCCUCAAAUUGGUAAUCUUAUCAACCUUCAAGUCCUUAAUCUCUCUUAUAAUAGUUUAGAACGGAAUGUUCCUCCUCAAAUUGGUAAUCUUACCAACCUUCAAGUCCUUGAUCUCUCUUAUGAUAAUUUAGAAGGGAAUGUUCCUCCUCAAAUUGGUAACCUUACCAACCUUCAAGUCCUUGAUCUCUCUUUUAAUAAAUUACAAGGGAAUAUUCCUCCUCAAAUUGGUAAUCUUAUCAACCUUCAAGUCCUUAAUCUCUCUUAUAAUAGUUUAGAACGGAAUGUUCCUCCUCAAAUUGGUAAUCUUACCAACCUUCAAGUCCUUGAUCUCUCUUAUGAUAAUUUAGAAGGGAAUGUUCCUCCUCAAAUUGGUAACCUUACCAACCUUCAAGUCCUUGAUCUCUCUUCUAAUAAAUUACAAGGGAAUAUUCCUCCUCAAAUUGGUAAUCUUACCAACCUUCAAGUCCUUGAUCUCCUUAAUAAUUAUUUACAAGGGAAUGUUCCUCCUCAAAUUGGUAAUCUUACCAACCUUCAAGUCCUUGAUCUCUCUUAA